AUGGCAGGGUCGUCGACCAAGCAGCUGCCAGCCAACCUGGAGUAUAUCCAGUAUGAGCACCGGCUAGAGGGCCAGUAUCUCCCCGCCAUCCGGGCCCUCAUCUCAAAGGACUUGAGUGAGCCAUACAGCAUCUACGUCUACAGGUACUUUCUCUGCCAAUGGUCACAUCUUUGCUUCAUGGCCCUGGAUCCAGAAGACUCAUCCCUCAUCGGCGUCAUAGUCUGCAAGCUGGAGGUGCACUCAUCUCACUCGCCUCCAACUCGGCGAGGGUACAUUGCCAUGCUGGCCGUGGCGUCGCACUUCCGUGGGCGGGGAGUUGCCACCGCUCUGGUGAAGAAGGCCAUCGAUGCCAUGGCAAACCGCAAUGCCGAUGAGAUUGUGCUGGAGACUGAGGAGACCAACACAGCUGCCAUGAAGUUGUACGAGGGCCUCGGCUUCAUUCGAUCCAAAAAGUUGCAUCGGUACUACCUUAACGGCAAUAGUGCCUAUCGACUUAUCCUCCUGCUAAAGGCCGUCGACCCGGAUCAAACUUCUCUCUACGAUGAACGGCAAGUCACAUAG